UUGCUCGUUUCUGUGCUAGCAUAUGCAGAUGAAGCGCGCCGCCCCAGCCCAGCGGCGGGGACCCUCAGCUCUGUGGGCAACGUGGAACGCUCACCGCCUCUCUUUCGCCCCGGCUCACAGGCCUACGUGGUCUCUCAAUACAUAAAGCCGAAGCCUCCGCACCAGUACUGGGAAGAGGAGACGUCGCUGACCCUCGUGCCGGAGACCCGGAACUGCCUGCUGUGUGAGGCGCAGGACUCGGGCGCGUGUCGCGCGAUGCCCUCGUGCGUGUACUGCGAGCCCACCGUCACAGCUCUCUGUGAGAGAAGCACGCCCUGCUUACGUUGUACUGUGAUCAAAAACCCAUUCUUCAAGUGCAUCCCUGGCGAGAAGUACAUGGACGAAUGCGACUCUUGCCGCUGCACCGACGGUCACGGCGGCUGGUGCACCAACCAGUUCUGCGAGUUCCGAGCCCUGUACCUCUACGCGAUGAAGCUCUCUGACGGGGAGUUCUACUAA